GUAUGAUAGGCGGUCUACUGUUUGCAGGACCUUCCGUAAGUAGAAGAGCGCUAUGCAGCAAUGUGGCGCGGAAACACAUUCACGUUGGACUCCGUUAAUAGUUGGUACCAUUCCAUUUGCAUUCGGCAGAUCAACAUUAUUAUCCAGUAAAUUUACACCUUGCACCAAAGUGUUUCUAGAUUACGACGCCAGUUCUUGAACCUCGCAUUGCUAAUUCUGCAACAUGCGACGGCUGUUGUUGUGGUACGUAUUGUGCUUCGCUGACGUGAGCAUAGCAGCCUUUCACCAGAAAGAUGAAGCAGCACAAGACACCCAGAUUCCCAUGGGCGAGGUCGCCAAAGAUCCUCUCAGCGGCGACUUCAGCAAGACUAUCAAAAGUCUGUUGGACAAAUGGAAUGUCCCAGGUCUUGCAGUAGGCGUUAUCGAUGGAAAUGACACGUGGGUAAAGGGCUAUGGUGUUGCUCAAGUCUCACCGAGAGUCCCAGUCACGCCGCAGACACUGUUUUACGGCGGCAGUACCACCAAAGCCUUCACCGGCGCGGCGGUCGCUCGUCUAAUCAAUUCGGGACAGUAUAGAAAUCCUAGCUUUCCAGAGCAUGUCGUGGAUUGGAAGACACCAAUCUCUGAGAUCCUGCCUGAAGAUUUCGUGCUCCAAGACGAGUGGUCCACAGCUCACAUCACUCUCGAAGAUGCCCUCACCCAUCGUACUGGAAUGGCUGCCCAUGACUGGGCUUAUGGUGGUGAGCGUCCCGCAGUGAAAGAAAUCGUGCGCAGCAUGCGUCAUUUGCCAAUCAACCAGCCGCCGAGGACCAAGUGGCAGUAUUGCAAUUUGAUGUACAUUACUGCCUCUCACGCCGUCGAGACGCUAACGUCUCUCGGGCUUGGUCACGUUCUGAAAGAGUGGAUUUGGCAGCCCUUAGGCAUGGAUUCUACUUUCUGGCACAUUGAUGACGCGCGCGCAGCCGGAGAGCAGGUGGCUGUAGGCUACUACUGGGAGCCCAAAGAAAAAGCCUUCAAGGAGAUACCAUACGUGGAAUCGAAGGCCAUCAGUGGCGCCGGUGCCAUCCUUUCAAACGUCGUUGAUUAUUCCAAGUGGGUGAGAGCUCUAGUACACGAGGACGGCUUUUUGUCCAAGGAUACACACGAUGCCAUCAAGAUGCCACGGAUGUUCAAUUCGGGCUCUGGAGGUAAUUACGAUGCACCCACAGCAUACGCGUUAGGAUGGGUAACAUCUACUUAUAAGGGCCACCGGAUUUGGUUCCACGGAGGUGCUACUGACGCUUUCGGCUCCAAUGUGAUCUUCUUCCCGGACCUGAAGUUUGGUGUUGUGACGCUGGCAAAUUCAGCUUUUUUUGGCAAUGCUAUCGGCGAGAUCGUCUCGUUUGAGCUUGCAGAUGACAGGCUCGGUUUGUCUCAAGAAGAAAGAGCAGACUGGGGGAAAAGUUGGCGACAAACACUCGACCAAGGAAACAGUCUCAGCGACAAAGCCGAGGAUAUUCUAUAUCCCGGUCGUCCCAAGCAAGCGGUCAAGCCCACACUACCUCUCGAGAGCUACACUGGAACAUAUUUCAGCCCCGGUUGGCGAAACAUGACCAUCACACUCAUCGACGAGAAUACCAUGAGAAACAGGAGGCCCAAAGCCCAACUAAGGGUCCACAGGCCUGACUCUUCCUGGAGCUUCGCCGGGGAGCUUGAACAUGUCACUGGAGAGUACUGGAUCUUGUAUAGCAGCUUUGCCACUCUACCUGUUCAGCCACUCGAGAUCUCGCCUUUGGAUUUCAGGAUCGGCGCUGAUGGUAAAAUAGCUGGACUCGAGCUCGAAUUCGGCAAUGCACCGAAGGGUGCGGGUGAAGGAGUGGUUUCAUUCGAAAAGAUAGCCUGAGAGUGGAAGCUCGUAUCUUAAUCAUGUCCACCAAUUAGCCGUCAUAUUAUUUUUAUUGAUUGAUUACUCGUGAGGAGGACAAUUGCGUAGCCAGAUGUUUCCCAUCUUGGCUUACAACGAAUAUGGUUAGGCCUUUCGCUAAAAUCAGGAGGUUUGAGCCCAGCAUCCACAGUAUCGAUGUGGAAAAUCCAUUUAGACCGUACAGUAAGCUAUCUUGGAGCUACCCGAAGUG